AUGGGAAGCCUCAUGCUGUUGAAUGUGAAUGCAAAUUCAUCUUUAUCAAUGAGGAAGCAGGCUCAGGGAUGGGGACUGGCUCAUGGUCCUUUUCUUGGUUUUCCAGAGGAUUUUGUGAUUCAGGCAAAGGCUGACUGUUACUUCACCAAUGGGACAGAAAAGGUGCAGUUUGUUGUUAGAUUCAUCUUUAACUUGGAGGAGUAUGCACAUUUCGACAGUGAUGUGGGGAUGUUUGUGGCGUUGACGGAGCUGGGGAAACCCGAUGUUGAGCAGUGGAACAAUCGGAUGGAUUUAUUGGAGAGGAGCAGAGCUGCUGUGGACACACUCUGCAGACAUAACUACAAACUUGGUGCACCCUUCACAGUGGCGAGAAAAGUGCAACCAGAGGUGAUGGUGUAUCUGGAGAGGACCCCAUCCCUACAUCACCCCAAUUUGCUGCUCUGCUCUGUGACAAAUUUCUAUCCAGGGGACAUCAAGGUCAAGUGGUUCCGGAAUGGGGAGGAGGAGAGAGCUGGGAUUGUGUCAACAGGCCUUAUCAGGAACGGAGAUUGGACUUUUCAGACUGUGGUGAUGCUGGAAAUGACUCUUGAACUUGGAGAUGUCUACACCUGCCUUGUUGACCACCCAAGCCUGCUCAUUCCUGUUUCUGUGGAGUGGAGAGCGCAAUCUGAAUACUCAUGGAGGAAGAUACUAAGUGGAGCUGGAGGCUUCCUGUUUGGGAUAAUCUUCCUUGUGGUGGGGAUUGUCGUCCAUCUCAGGGCUCAGAAAGGAUAUAUGGAGUCUCAGUUGUCUGAUGAUGAGGUCUCAAGAAGUAUUCUCCCACCGCAGCCAUGA